CAGAAGCGUGCUUGAAAGCCGGCACAUCGGCAACCCUGUUUCCAGACUUGCCCCACCUCAAACCCACUCAGACAUCCCUAUUAUAUGUGCGCCUGCAUAAGGCGCAGAAAACACAUCUCUCGUUUUACAUCUUCCUGCCUCCGCCUUGAGCCGUUCAGUGACACAACUCUCUUCACCUCAGCAGCGGCCUUUCCAUCUCAUUCAAGCUUAUUUGCAUCUUAAAUUAACACAUUAAAACCUACCGGGCGGGUAGGGCUGUCUCGCCUGCGCUAUCAGAGUGCUGCAUAUUGCUAAGCUCUACGGCAGAGCUUCACCCGUCCCAAUAUUCCUGCCUUCAGAGGCAGCGGAACCAGGAAUGUUGCAGCAGGACGACCAACGGCACCGCACCACCGGCGCAGAAGUCCUUCGCUGAGGCGCUGAGUCCUCAGCGUGAAAGCUAGAUGGCGCUUCCCCAGAUUUUGCUAUGGCUAUGCUGGGGUGCUGCCGUUGUCAGAGGGCAGCGCGGCAAUGAGGUCGACGUCCCCGCAAUGCCCGCCUUCUCCUUUCGCCUGGGACAAGUCGGCUGCGCCAGCACCAGUGCAGAAGCAAUCAGUGGAUACAGCUAUGCGCUGGCAAAGCUGGCGACGCAGAACUUGUCGUUGCGCGAUUCCAGCGGCCGGACAUACACCUUUGCAUUAGAGUACCAGGCGCUCGACGGCUGCACUCGGGCGGUGCACCGGCUGCAGGUGGCCAACCUGAUCGACGCCUCCCGAGUGCACUUCGCACUGGGCGCCGCCACAGAGUUUGCCGACGACGAGAGCAGCCAGUACAACGCCGCCGGCCGGCUGCUGCUGCACUGCUGCGCCCCCGACUCCGUGUACGAACGCGACCUGCCGUACGUGUACGGCGUGCAGCCGCCGUCCCGCUCGUACGGCACGGCGGCGCUGCGGUACGCCGUGCUCAGCGGCGGCGUACGGCACCUGGCGCUGCUGUACCGCUCCGACGACCCGUACAGCGCAGCCGUGUGCGAGGGCAUCCGUACGGCGGCGGCGGGCAUUGUACGGGAGCUGGUGCCGGGGUUGAAACUGUACGUACGGCAGUACAACGCCGCCAACGUGACAGCCGCCAGUGCGACCGACGGCGCGGUGUUCUACCGGGGACUGGCGCGCGGCGCGAUGGCGGCGGGUGUGGACGGCGUGGCGGCGUGCGACACGUACGCGGAGAGCGGCGUGCUGGCCGGCGCCUUUGUGGAGGCCAAGUACUACCUUCGCGCCUUUUUCCUGGCCACUGGCCCCAACACGCCCAAGUGGGUCGACACGCUGGGGGCGGCAGGGGAGGGCCUGCUGGGCGCAGCGCAGUGGCACCCCAGCGCCUGCUACAGCCCCGCCGGCAGCAGUAGCAACAACAACACGAGCAGUAGCAGCGGCGGCGGAGACGCCAGCAGCAGUGGCGGCGGCAGUAGCAUGGCGGCCGCCGGCACCCCGGCGACCCAGCUGGCGGUUGGGCUGAUGGGCAGUAGCCGCGACUUCUUGAACGCCUACCGAGCCGCCACCGGCACCGUGCCCGGCGGCCGCGCCGCCGCCGCCGCCGCCGCCGUAACCGCCCUGGCGGCGGCGCUGUCAACCGCCUUCAACCGCUGUGACCUGUCGGGCGUUUCAACUGCCGACGAGCUGCUGUACGGCCGUGGGCUGUUGGACUGCGACGCGGCAAUGUCACUGGCGGCCGCGGCGGCGGGCGCCGCCGCUGCAGCCGCCGCCGCCACCGCGAAUGCAACCGCCGCCGCCGCCGCCGUCACCGCAUUGCCGUACUACGGCCCGGGCUUCGCCAACGUGACGGGCUACGAGCUGGUGGUGGCGGCGCUGCAGCGGCUGCGCAUCGACGAGUCGUUCUUUGGCCCAAUCGCGUUCGACUCACUGCGGCGCAACGCCGCGCUCACGCCGCUCACGCUGCAGAUCCACGACUCGGCGGCGGAGACCAUCUUCCCGCUCGAGGCCGCCGGCUGGCCCGGCGCUAUGCCCGCCCCCAACCUGUACGGCACCAGCGGCGGCAGCAGCGGCGGCGGCACCAGUGGCGGCGGCGCCUUGUCAGACGGCGCCGGCUCCGCCACCCCGCCGACCGGCCCCAGCAACAGCGACAGCGGCAGUAGCGGCAGUAGCGGCGGCGAGUCCAAGGUGGUGGGCAGCCUGACCAAGGAGGGUGCGAUCACGGUGCUGGUGCUGAGCGUGGUGGUGCUGGUGCUGGUGGCGCUGAUGGGCGUGCUCAUGCUGCGGCGGCGGCGGCGGCAGCGGCGGCGGCAGCCCCUGGAUGAGCUGGUCGCCAUUGCCUACACCGACCUCACAGACAUCCGCGCGCCCGUGCAGGUCAUGUCCGGCUUCCCGCCCGACUACGAGACCGGCUACGCCAAGCUCAAGGGCCAGUAUGUGGCGCUGCGCCCCCUGGUCGACUACUACAGCGCCGGCCGGCCCGACAAGGCCGCGGCGGCCGCAGCAGCCCGAGACGACACCUACCUCUGGAAGGGCUACCUAGUGCAGCGGCCCAGGCCCAGCAGCGGCACCGGUGGCGGCGGCGCCGGUGGCGGCGGCGGCGCCGUCGCGCCGCCGCCGUCGAGCUCCGGCGCGGCGGCUGGCGGCGCCGGCGGCGGCGCCGGCGCCGCCGGCGGGCGGCCCAGCGGCUUCAUAGCAGACGCGCUGGGUCUCAUGGGGAUGGGCAACAGCGCGUUGGAGGGGGAGGGAGGCGCGGGUGGCGAGCGCGGGCUGGGCCGUGGGCGGUCCAUGCUGGCUCGCGCCAUUGCAUCCGUGUCGUUCAAGCAGCGGCCACGGCUGGGCGCGUUCCGCACGGAGCGGGCGAUGACGUCAGCGCUGGACGCCACCGGCGGCCCGCACGGGCCCGCCAGCGGCCCCGCCGCCGUCGGCGCCGCCGCCGCCGGCGCCGGCGUAGGUGCCGGCGGCAUGGGCGGCGGCGGCAUGGGCAGCGGCGGCGCCGCCGCGGUCGACGCGACGGCGACGAUCCAUGCCGCCGCCGUGGCUGGGGGCGUGUCGGGCGUGUCGGGCGUGUCGGGCGUGUCGGGCGCGGCGGCGGCGGCGUGGCGGCUGCGCCGUGCCAGCACGCACGUGGCGCGCACCGGCGGGCUGCUGGGCGAUGGUGGGAUGGGCGGCGGCAGCCCUUUAGGACUGGGCGGCGGCGUGCAUGGCGGCGGCGGCGGCGGCGGCGGCGGCGGCGGCGGCGGCGGCGGCGCCGGCCCGCACACGGCACCCAUGCUGUUGGGCUUUGGUAGCAUCGGCGGCGGCGGCGCCCAGGCCGGCUACGCCGGCGGCAUCGUGCGUGACGGCACCGUGGGUGGACGCGGCGGCCGCGUCCUGGUGAAGCAUGAGACGAUUGGGACCGUGCUCAGCGUCGGCAGCAGCGUUGCCGCCAUGGCGGCUGAGCGCGCGUUGGCGGCGGACGCGGCGGAGGCGCAGGAAGCAGCAGCAGCGGCGGCGGCAGCGGCGGCGGCGGGAUUGCCGCCGUCUCAGUCAACGCCGUCUUGUGCGAGCCCCGACGACAGCCACACAGGCGGCUCCAACUCGCUUAGCCUCCGACAGCUGCCCCUGCGGCAGGAACCAUUCCACAACACCGCCUUUGCCUCGGUGGCGGCGGCGGCGGCGGCGGCUGCAACAAGCCCCAGCCCCUCGCCCCACCGCCCCGCACCACUGCACUCGCCGCAGCAGCACUCCUCACGUUGGCAGCCGCCGUCACUGACGCCGCACGCGUCGACACAGCUGGGCGCCGUUGCGGGACCGACGCUGGCGCCGCCGCCUGGCGGCAGACUACUGCCGCCGCCGGAGCUGCUGCUACAGCAGCAGGACUCGGCGGCGGCGGCGGCGGCUGCCGCCGGCACGAUAGCGGACACGCCGUCGGCAUCGGCGCCGGCGGAGGCCACGGCGGCGGCGGCGCUGCUGUCGCCUCAGGCCACUCGCGGCAUGUCGACCUCCACCCACAUCGAGGCGGUCGACGUGCGGAACGUGCUGUACAACCGCUCGUCCUUAGAUAUGCCGCCGGCGGCGGCAGCCAGGCCGCAGCCGCGGGGGCCGGCGACGCCAGGUGCGAGGUGGCCGAGCGCCGCCGGCGCCGCCGCGUUGUCGGCGUCGCUGCUGCCGCCGCCGCCGUCGGUGUAUGCGCCGCAGCAUGGCUCCCCGGCGGCGGCGGCGCACGCCGGCGCGGCGGCGGCUCAGUCGCCGCCCUCCCAGGCCUCGCCCUUCUCGCAGCACGCGCAGCAGGCGCCCUUCCCCGGCGGCGGCAUCCCCUCCACAGCAGCCGCGGCCGCUGGCGCCGGUGGCGGCUACGCCGCCUCCGCCACCGGGCCCGAAACGUACGGCAGCAGCAGCCUGCACGUCAGCAACGGCGGCGCCACCACUGGCGCCUUCGACGGCCGCAGCAGCAUCGGCAGCGCGCCCAGCGCACGCGCCAGCCACAGCGGUUUCGGUUACGGCAGUUACGCCUGCGCGCCAAGCGGUUACAGUUACGGCAUGACAACGCCGCCGCAGGCCAGCCAAGGCGGCGGCGUUGUCGUAACCGGGGCCGGCGGCGCCGCCGGUAACAGCACCAGCACCGACCCCUCCCCGCGCAUCACCAACCACGGCGGCGGCCCGCCCUCGACGGCACCGUCACUGGGCGCGGCGGCGGCGCAGUCGCCCGCCUUCGCCGCCGCCGCCGCCAGCAUUGCGGCGGCGCUGGCGGCGCAGGCGGCGGCGCCGCUGGGCCUGCCGCCGGUGAGCAGCAGCCGCCUGCCACGACUGGCGGAGACGGCCACAGGCGAGAUCGACAUGUGCGACGUCACCGUCACGGGUGCCGGCGGCGAGGCUGACGUCAGCGGCAGUGCCACCGCCGCCGGCGCCGCCGCCGACACGGGCCUGGCGACGACGGGCACGUACGAAAGCGGCGCGCUGGCGGGCCUGGUCGGCGGCGCCGCCGCCACCGCCACCGCCUCAGCCGCCGCCGCCACGGGUCCCAACACGGGCCUCAGCUUCGCCGGCCCCGCCACCGCCACCGCCACCAUGCCCGCCGCCGUCACGUUCAGCCGCGUCACUAGCGGCGGCCGCUCCCAGUCCGAGCGCCCCAGCAGCGGCGCCCUCGGCGGCGCCCUCGGCAGCGGCUUUGGCAGCGGCUUCGGGGGCAUAGGCAUGGGCAUGGGCACAGUGUUUGCGACGCAGUCGUCGUUGCGCCGCGCCGGCGGCAUCGGCGGUGCAGCUGACAGCGACGUCGGCAGCACGGCCGCCGGCGGGCGGACGCUGCUCCGAAACAGCACGCUGCCGCAUCAAUACAGCGGCGUCGGCGGCGGUGUGGGCGGGCUAGACCACCAGGGCGGGCACCACUCGGCGCCGCUGGGCGCCUACCCGUCGCGCCUGCUCACCAGUAACGGCCUGCUCACGAGCGGCGCCAUGCACUCGCACUCGCACGUGCCGGCGGCGUCCGUGCGCGGCACCAUCACGAGCGGGGGCAUGCUGGCGGCGGCGGGUGGCGGUGGCGGCGGCGGGCGGCGGUACAUCUCGUCCAAGAAGCAGUUGGCGCACAUCAUCUGGCGGUUGACGCGGCUGCAGCACCCCAACGUGCUGCCGGUGCUGGGCAUCGUGUGGGACUUCGCCGGCCUGCCGGUGCCGGUGCUUGUGACGCAGUACGAGGAGUUUGGCUCGCUGAGUGGGCUGCUGGACAACAGCACUGUGGUCAUCGACCCGCAGCGCCGGCUGGACAUCGUGAACGACGUCGCCAACGCGCUGCGCUACCUGUACGCGCAGGACGACCUGAUCUUCAACGGGCUGCUGGGCGCCAACAACUGGCGGGUGUACCUGGACAAGCGCUUCAAGGCCAAGGUGGAGGUCACCAUCGCCUCCAUCGCGCUGGAGAGCCCCGUGUUCAGCAAGGGCCGGAGCACCCAGUCCACCGCCAACGGCCCCGCGCAGCCCUCCCUCACCUACGCCAACCACCCCGCCGGCGGCGCGCACGCCUCCGGCCCCUCCGGCCCCUCCGCGGCCGCCGCCGCCGCCGCCGCUGCCCAGCAACAGCAAGGCUCGCCUUUGCCGCACUCGGCGCCCUCGCACCUGCUCGUGUCCGCACCCGGCGGUCCCUCCACCACCGCCGCCGCCGCCGCCGGCGACCUCGCCGAGCCCUCCGCGCUCUUCCCCGGCGGCUCCAUCUACUCGGUCAACGCCGCCGCCGCGGCGCCCUCCGCCACCGGCACCGCCAAGACCUCCGCCACCGCGGCAGCGGCGGCGGCCGCCGCCGCCGCCACCGUCACCGCCGCGGCGCCCGCCGCCGAGUCCGCCGAGCCCGACGACGUCUACCAGUUCGGCCUGAUGGUGCUGACCCUGUUUGUGGAUUCGCCCGUGUCGCUCCUCGGCCCCAACGCUGAGCAGCUGGAGGCGGUGCGCGAGCUGCACCCCACGCUGGGCGAUGUGGUGGAGGCCUGCACGGCGGCGGAGGCGGCGGAGCGGCCCGCGUUCGCCGACAUCGCGGCCGCGCUGAACGGUGUGGUGCUGGCGCCGCCGCCGCCCAGUGCGGAGCCGGCGCUGGGCGGCAGCAAGCGAAUGCCGCAGGGCUUCAAGGUGGGCGGCAUGAGUGAGGAGGAGCUGUUUGAGGCGUUCCCGCCCUCGGUGGCGGAGGCGCUCAAGGCCGGCCGCGAGCCGCCCGCUGAGCCGCACGAGGAGGUCAGCAUCUUCUUCUCCGACAUCGUGGGCUACACCAACCACUGCUCCCGCCUGGCCACACACGAGGUCAUGGACAUGCUCAACCGCCUGUACAGCCGCUUUGACGCGCUGAUCAAGGAGCUGGACCUGUUCAAGGUAGACGUGAUCGGGGACGCCUAUCUGGCAGUCGGCAACAUCCGCCGCAAACACACCGACCACGCGCGCCGGCUGCUGCAGUUCGCGUUCCGGGCCAUUGAGGUUGCCAACAGCGAGCCGGUGUGCGUGACGCGGCCCGAGUUGGGCACCAUCUCUAUCCGCGUGGGGCUGCACGUGGGGCCCGUCAUGGCGUGUGUGGUGGGCACCAUGAACCGCCGGUACUCGCUGUUUGGCAACACAGUGAACGUGGCCAGCCGCAUGGAGUCCACUGGGGAGCCCAACAAGGUGCAGUGCACCACCGCCUACAAGCAGCUGGUGCGGCGGAGCUGGCCCGAGGUGGUGGCGCGGUCGCGGGGCUUCAGGAACAUCAAGGGCAAGGGUCUGAUGGAGACCUACUUCCUGUACGCGCCCGACACACCCCUGUCCGCCAUCGGGCCCUCGCUGCUGAACGAGGAGCUCGCCAUCAGCAGUCGCGCCAGCUCCGAGGGCAACCUCAAUGCGCACCUGCAGCUGCAGGCCCUCAACCUUAAGCGCUUCCAGACGCUGCCGCGGCAGCGCGCGCCGGCGCUGCCGUCCGUCGUCGUGGCGGCGGCAGCCGCCGCCGCUGCCGGAGGCAGCCACGCCGGCGUCACGGAGACUGACCCCGGCGAGGACCGCACGAGCGUGGCACUGGGGGCGGCGGGGGGCGGCCGGGACGGCGCGUUCUCGGGCAAUGUGUUGCUGCACCACAACCACAGCUCCGGCCGCGGCCUGCUCCACCACCUGCCGCAACACGGCCCCGGCGGCGGCCUGGCGCCGCAGCUGCACGUGACCAGCUGCAGCGGCGAGCUGGGGACCCGGCCCGCAAGCGGUCUCAUCACUAGCCUCGGCCUCAGCCUGGGGCUCGGCGGCAGCGGCGGCGGCGGCGGCGGUAGCGGCGGUGGUAGUGGGGUUGUGACGGGAGCAGGCGCGGUUGCGGGCGGUGGCCAGCCGCUGCUGGAGCGGCUGGGCGCGUUCAGUGCGGGCGGCAACCGCACCGGGCCGGGCUGCAUUGGCUAUAGCAGCGGGCCGUUGAGCGGCGCAGGUCUGACGGGCGGGCUGGGUGGCGGCGUGCGGGGCCGCGCGCGUGGAGCCACCACCGGCGGCGAUGGCACAGGCGAAAGCACGAGCGCGGGCGGCGGCGGCAGCACCAGCGCGGGCGGCGGCAGCGGGGAGAGCGGAGAGCUAAGUCUCCGGUCCAGUGCUGCUGAGGGGCCGCUGUCGCGGGGCCUGCGCUUGAGCCGCAGCGUGCGCGUGCGCCAGUCGCCGCCCAGCCCGCCGCGCCAGGCGCCGGCACAGCUACAGCGAGAGCGGGAGUCAGGGAGCGCGCAGGCGGCGGCGCCGGCAGCGGCGGCGGCGGGCGAUCUUCCUGAGCGGCUGCUGACCGGCAGCAGCGCGCGCAAGUCGUCUCCCGGCCGCGGCAAUCGCACGCCGUAGCUCACGCCCCCGGGGCCUGCGCGCGGGCCAUAAGCACACGCCGCCAGCGCGGCGCGCGCUCGUUCCUAAUGGGGGCAUUUGCGAGGGGUGCCGGGCGGACGUCUGGCUGCUGCCCUUGCGUCGCUGUGGGGUCUGGCGCCGGUGCCACUUUCCAGGGACACGCAUGCGUGGCAGACGGGGCCACCGUACGGGCAAAAGCGCCAUGUCACAAUGCGCGAUCUUGGUCUUACGCGUGUCUUGCAAGGCCUAAACCUUGAAUGGAUGGUGGCUGCGCGGUGAGUCUUGCGUGUGUAUGCUUGUGACUCAAAGAGUGGGGCGCACCUCGCCUCCAAUAAAUUCGCAGGGAUCCAUGAUGUUCAUAGUACAAAACAUAUUACAGAUUAGCAGCAGCGUGCAUGCCUUCCGUGGCGAACAAGUUGGCAUGGUGUGUAUCUGGAGUGGCUGAGCCGCAUGGCUGCGGCUCGCCAAGGCGGUGACGCGAUGUGAUCCCCCGUCAACAUGGGGGAAAUAUGCAUACGGCAGCCUGGCGUGCAUGAAGGUAAAUAACGCACGCAGCAUGCAAUGGCUGCAGUGGCCCAUGCAGAGUGCUGCGGCAUGGACUGCUACGGCGCGGGCAAUCCCGUGUGCCGGAGUGAAGUUCGAUGGCCGAGCGUGCAAACGAACUCGGGUUGUUGCACAGUCAACUGUUGAGGUGUAUGCGCAUGCGGUUGAGUGCGUGCUGUUGCUUGUACAGUUUUACACGACGGGGCGAAGGGCACGUAAGCGGUAGUAAGGACAUCCGUAGAGAUGGCUUGGCUGGGCGGACGUCUUAAGGACGGUGCUCCCUUCUGUUUGCGCCCCGGUCGUAUACAUUGCGACGGUGGCAGGGAUCGUGCGUGUUCAUGCGGCAGCGCCCACUAGCAAGGAAGCAGUGGGAGGGCUGGUCGUUGAGCGGUUGAGUGACACGCUGUCAUGGUGGCACGUCUGGUGCGAUGCCGGCAGCCGUCACUAUGGGUUGACCUGCGGUCACGUGAACGAGUUUACCACGUGUGAUCCACAUCCUUCAAACAUUUCGCAUCUGCAUCGUACAGCGGCAUGGCUACAUUGCCAUGCCGGCCGGGGCGCAAUGACCCCUUCUUUUGAAUGAGCAUAUCUGGUCCACGCGGGCAAGCAUGGUUGCCUUCUUGGGCGCUAGUAUGGGCGGUGCAACCGGAGUUUCCGGCUAUCACACAGGAAGGAGCAGACAAGCGCGUUGCGCAGGAGGCGUUCGCAUAUGCGUGCGUGUUGGUCGUGUUGUUUUGGGGGGGGGGCCUGUCACAACGCUGCGCCGUCGUCCAGCCCGAUGAUCGACGCAGCGGAGAGCCGUGGGUCUGGAGUGGGCUUGUACAGGCGUGUCAGCACGUAGGUGCAUGGCGGUCUGUGCGCCGAGGUGUUGCAAGCACUUGAGGGCACGUGAGAUGUGACAUGCGUGAUUGCCGCUAGGAGCCGCAUGAUACGCAGCAGGGCCUGCGUCCGCGAACCGGACAUUCGUACAUGUGAUUUGCCGUCUUCCAUGCAUUGCGGGUAUUUCUUCAUCAAAGCGGGCUGCACCCGUGCGCUGAUGGCUUUCGGUCACGAAUGGAGGUUGCGCCAAUCAUAUUGGGGUUUGCACCGGUUUGACCGCGUGCUUCACCAGAGUGCAACCAAUAUAUCCGGGGGGGCUGCGCAUUGUAAGCUGCGGUGCAGUAGGACUGGUUGACAAGCGCGAGGCCGCCGAAGCAGGUGGCUUAGCAACGGCGCUGAGGGGCGCACCCUGCCCAUCCCGGGUGGAAGUGAUGUCACUAUUGUUGCUGGUACUGGUACUGAGCAAGAUGGACGCACCAGUGGCAGGGCACGCCGCAGACAUGGCGCGGUAAAGUAAUCGAUGAUGGGGAAUGCAUCUGUGUGUUUAGGUACCGUAUUCGUGUGUGCAUGUCGAUGCUUGGCCGUGGGCGCACACACAUUCAAGCUUGUGCUGGUGCUGGUGCUGCUGUUGGUGUUGCCUGUUGGCGGCACCAACAGGGGCGGGGCUCACAUGCGGUUCGCAUGUGGUGUGACCGCGUGAGAAUUGCGACAUGCACCUUCCUCCGAUGAUAGGGCAGUCAGCAAUAGAAUGAAGUGUGCCGGUCUGCUGGAGGCUGCUGGUCGGUCAUGUCGGCCGAGUGUGUAUACGAGGGGGCGCACACGCAUGGUGCGCAACGCUGUACCAGUUACACCGUUUGGCGUGCGUCAGGUCGAACCGUCGA